CCCUCCCUCUCCGGCUAAGCCCAGCUCGGCCUUCCCAGGCCCUCCCGCGCCGCUCAGGAUGGCCGCUGCGGGGCGACCGGGCGCGGAGCCGUGGAACCGAGUGAGGAUCCCCCAGGCGGGCAGCCGCAGCACCCUGACGGUGCAAGAGCCCAGCGCCACCCUAGAUGCCUGCCUUGCAGCUGUCCUUAAAGGAUGCCAUCUUGUCACACAGUCGCUCAAGAGCCAGACCUUAGAUGCAGAAGUUGAUGUGUUAUGCUCAGUUCUCUACAGCAAUCAUAACAGACUGGGCCACCACAAGCCCCAUUUGGCCCUCAGACAGGUAGAACAGUGCUUAAAGCGUGUGAAAAACAUGAAUUUGGAGGGUUCAAUUGAAGACCUGUCACAGUUGCUAUCUACCAAUGAAACUCUGCCUGGAGCUACUGAAAACCAUGUCGUCCCCAGCCAGCCGGUGGUGGAGGUGGCACUGAUGAAGGUUUUGGGAGGCUGCAAGUUGUUACUGCGCUUGUUGGACUGCUGCAGCAAAGCAUUCCUGUUGACUGUGAAGCACUUAGGGCUGAAAGAGUUCAUCAUUUUGAACCUUGUGAUGGUUGGGCUGGCGAGCAGGUUAUGGGUUCUUCAUAAAGGACUUUUAAGGAGGCUGGUCUCCUUGUAUGAGCCACUGUUUGGGCUGCUUCAGGAAGUCUCCAGGAUUCAGCCCAUGCCUUACUUCAAAGACUUUGCCUUUCCCGCCGAUGUCACUGACUUUCUAGGUCCUCCUUACCUUGAAGUCUUGAAAGGAAAAGCGCCUGCAGCUUUUGCUUCUAAAAGAGUAACUAGGUUUCUAAACAAACUGUUUUUAAAGAAAGAACAACUACCAAAGAUCAAUGAAGACAUGUUAAAUAGAAUUUCUAAAACAUCUGAACUAAAGAGAAGCUGUCUUGAGAGUAGCAUGGACCUGGGACAGCCAGUAAAAAUGAGUAAAAAGGUCCAAAAAGAAAACCCAUCGGGAUUUGAUGUGCGGGCUUUCUGCACGAGGCUGCGAAACAAAGCGACUCAGGAAACCAACAGUGAGUUUAAAUAUUCUUGGUCCAAACUGAAGACAACCAAACCUUCCUCUCAGAAACCGAGAAGAACUCACUGGGCUAACAAUAUUGUGCAAAGAAUCCGAGUGACCAAGACUUUCACCCAACUUUCUGAAGAAAUCCAAAUGGCAAUUGUGUGGUCCCGGAGCAAAAGGCUUAAGGCUCAGGCUGCCUAUCUGGGCAGCAAACUUCUUAAGAGUAACAGGCUUAGACAUGUGGAAGCUCAAGGUUAUAGUUUGCCAAAGAAACUACAGUGCAUGAAAAUAUCUCUUUGCAACUGCCUUCUUCGAGGCUCCGUUAUCAGCACUUCAAAGCAUCCUCCCAGACAAAGAAGAUCAAAGCAUAAAGUUUUAACGAGACAAAGGAAACCGCAGAGAAAGUUGCAGUCAACUCUUGUAAAGGAAACCCAGCAGGUCCCUGAAGGGACUCUGCAGAGCACUAAGGACACUAGUGCGAAGUGUAGACGUUCAGGUGGGACAGUUCAGAGGUCAGAUGUCUGUCCUAAUGGGAAGCAGGUCUUGAGAAGACUUUCAAAACCUGGCCUAAAAUCAAAGGAGAUGGGGGUCCAUGCGAACCUUACAGGGGGCAGUGCAAAUGGCACUGGUUUGUGGAUGAAGAGACAGACACACGCACACAGUGAGCCAGAAACUGCCAAGGAGGCAGAUGACAUUGAUGAUAUUUUUGCUUUGAUGGGAGUGUAAGAUGUGCUUAUGUGAAACUUGCGAGCCGUUAACAAGCUGCUUCAGGUGGAGCUGCUGAGAGCGGGAGGCACUGCUUGGCCAGGAGCUGCUUCUGUGCAGCAUGCAGCAGAGGCACGCAGUUCAGCAAGCACUCACAGCAGCUGUGUGAAAGCUCAUCAGUCAGAUACGAGUAUUUGGUGUUAAGUACAGAUGACCAGUCCGUCAGUCUGCCCCCGAGGAACACAUCAUUCCUGACUGAAUCAACAAGCAGGUUUCUGAGAAGUAGAUGAUUUUAUGAUCUACUAGGGAGUUAAACUCUGGAUAAGUUCGAAAAAUCCUGUCUGAAGGUAAACAGAGCUGGAGACUAGCAAAGAUGCACCACAGCAAGUCACUUGCCCCUCACUGGCCCUGGUCCCUCUGUAAAGCUUUUACAUUUCACAGGUGUGUAACUUGGGGAGUUGGUUCUCUCCCUCACCUGUGCGGCCCAGGCAUGGACCUCAGACCCACCUCACCUGCCAGGUCCUCCUUUUGAGUAACAAUGUUAUUAAAUGCUAUGUUAUUAAAAUGAAUUACCAAAAGAUCUGCCAUUACUCAAGCGGUUAAAACCAUUAUUUAAUCUUUGUUACCAUGACUCCUAAGGGGGUAUAUGAAAAGGCUUUUGGGAUUUUCCUUUUUAUUGUUGGUAUGAAAUGCAGCCAAGGAGCAGGUAGGUACUAAAGAAGAAUAAGGCCAAUCAUAAGCUUGUAACCUGGCACCAAUGCCGUCAACUGCUUAUUCGUACAUACCUGUACGGCUGCUCCCAGAAAUGACAGUCAUGACUUGCAAAUGAGCUGUCCUGCCUGUGAGGAAAGGUAAUGUGGUCAUGGGCAAUCCACUUGGCCCUCAACUCUUCAGGCCAGAAAGGGGCAGGAGGCGUGAGCUUAGGAGGAAAUGCAGGGAGUCUUACCCUUGCCCUCUG